AUGCAGUUCUAUAACCAUCCGGGAAUCAAGCGACACAUUGAUGAAACCAGCGACGGACUCGUACGAUCGCUAGAUACGUUCGCACGAAUCGCCAGCAAGCGUAUCAGAACCACAAAGCACAAGCUGCCCCGCAGAGAUGCCAAUGCAAAUGCCGCCGCUUUCGCGCCCUACUCCAGGGAAAAGUUGUUGGAACGACUCAAGACGUACAACGUGCUCAACUGGAAUAUUGAUGAUGAGGAUUUAAGUGCGUUGAAGUGUGCGCGCAACGGCUGGAGCUGUGUGAACAACCAGCGCAACACACUUUCGUGCGUGUCUUGCCACCUAUACAUGGCGGUUAAGUUAGAUAGCUACCCAAUCGAUCUCAGCACCUCUACCGUGGGCAUUUUUGGCUAUGGGGAGGGUGAAUACGCGAUGGACGAAUGUGAAGAGACAGACCAGAUGGAGUUACGCCACAACUUGAGCCAGCAAUACGUGCGAAAUCUCAAGACCUCCCACAGCCCUGCCUGUCCCUGGGCCAAGGUUGAGUGCCCGCUACACAUCUAUCACUUUGACUACCACGACAUGCCACGCAUAGUACAGGACUUCAUCCAGAGACUCAGAAGCUUGGCCCGAAACACCGAGACUUUACAUGAAGCCAUCCAGCUGAGCGGGGCUGGCGUGCGGGCCGUGCUCCUGAGCGAGCAACUACGCUCGUUAGAGUUCAUGGCGCGCCAGCAUGCUGCCUCAGACGUGUUUUGCACUGCUCCAAUGGACGAUAUUCCGCGGUUUAUCUACGAGCUUGCCCUUCUAGGCUGGGAUCUCAAUAUCCAGCAAUUUAAGUACAAGGACGUACUUCUAUUGUCAUGUAUGAAGUGUAAUCGACGGAUUUUACUUAAUAACACAAACCAAGGCCAUUCGCAUCCGAUCGAUGCGGUGCAGAGCGUCCCCGUCAAACCUGAAAUCUUGUUGACCCCCACCAAAAUUCUCGCGCCCUGCGACUACAUGCCACACACAAUAGAUACAAAUGGGUAUUUUGGUAAUAUGACAGGGCCAGAGGGGGAAGCGGGGGAUGAAUUGGAUAUUGUUUCAGAACACCAGCUGUGGUGUAGCUAUGUGGCGUCGUCGUCAGAGAGCACCGCCGAUACAGGCUAUCAGUUGGUAUACGACAUUCUCAAAAUGUCACAGGAUGCAUAG